CGGCCUUCAUUCCACACUUGCGCCGCCGUCUCACCGCCCGUCAUGAAUUAACCUCUACCAUGGAGCGCCUAUCACCCUUGGGUGCGCGUAAGCAUUGUCUCAUAAGGAAAGCUAAGGACACCACUUGCAUCCCAAUUAGCGAAGAGAGUUUUGCCGGCAAGUGAAAACCAACACGAUACCACUGUACUUUGAACGGUCGGAGGACGCUAUUGUCUGGAUUAAGGAGUUGAAUGUGAAUUUGCCAAAAUUAUCGCGUUACGAUUAAUUGUACUUUGAUAACGCUAAUUGUGUUUGUGUUGUGUUAAUCUGGAUAUUAGAUGACAAUGGAGAAAAUACCUAGAAUCCUUUUGAGUAUAGCCUUAGCUGCUCUCUUGCCGAUUGCCGCACCAAAUAUUCACGAGGAGCAAGCCAAAGAAAAUAUCCCUCAUUCGCGGCAAAAGAGGAUUCUAUGGAUAACCAACGAUGGUCGCUUAGCACUACCACCGGGAACUACUAUGGCAAUUACUCCUUCGAUAUCGAUGCCUUUUGUGAGGCAUCCACCGAAAGGAUUCCUCUCAAAUAUGACUAUAAGUUUCCCGUUUACAAGUACAAUAAUGUAUCAGCUGGAAUGUAAAAUCGACUUCGAUAAACUGGGAUUGACAGAUAACGAAAACCCGUACGGUGAUUUGCCGCCAAUUUUUGCGCGGUCUAUGGGCAGCACAGCGGCCUCUCUAAUGGCAGACUAUGUUGGCCAAUAUCUGGAUCAUAGACGGGGAAAACGAUCCACAGACAAAAUGAUACCGCCUGAAGCUGAGAAGCUGGUUCUUGACAGAUUUCAUGGCGGAGAAAGAGCCCUCAUGUAUGGAAUUGCAGAAGACCUAUUAGCCAAUUUUGGCUUAGAUGGAAAAGAGUGUCUUUUGCGUGCAAUUUGCGAAGUGCACGCCCAUCCUUUACAAAACUUUGGCUUCCUUGGGGAAGUUAUGAAGUUGUUCUUUAGCCCAACAAAAUCCCCUUACGCAAGUCUAUUGGAUGAAUAUGUAACAGCUCAAAAGGCUGGAGAAUCGGGAGGUGAAUGCUGGCCGUACUACCGGCUAUGUCCAAAGAGCAUAUUUCAAUCGACGCAAAAUAAAUAUGCGGAAGAUGCAGAAAAAUUCCAUAGACAAGAAAAUAUCGACGAAAAUAAUAUAGAAUCGAAAGCUAUGUAAGAUACUCCCAAAUGUAGCGAUAGUGUCCAACCAAAGUCCAAU